AUGUUCACGCAUUUGGUGGGCCUCGGCAAGUUGUGGAUCUUGAUUUAUAGGAGAGACAAAAUCGACAGUGUCAAGAAGAAAUUGCAAGAUGUACAGUACCGAUAUGAACCACUCGAUGAUUUUCAGCCAGGUCAACUUCUGCGACGUGAAAAAUUCUUCUCAAUAUUCAUAGCCGGUUUUAUUUUCAUACUCUACACUUUCGUCGGAGCUUCUGCUCACAUCAGUGCGGCUGUGAUGAUAGGAAAAAACACCAUGGGAGAAACUUUUACUGGAAAUUCGUCUUGCGAAUCUUUCACUCCGUAUUACUUUUAUUAUCCGUUUGACGUCAGCACGACAACCGGUUGCUACUACAUGCUAACUUACAUGCAUAUUUGCUUAGACGUUUUCGCUUGGUAUAUUGCUUCUUUGGAUAUGGUUUUUGUAACUUUGCUCCAUCUGUUGAGCACUCAACUUAAAAUUGUCGGUGAUGCAUUGACUACGAUACGCAAGCGCUGUUUGCACAGAUUACAAAUGAAACAGGAUUUUGUUUGCCUGUAUGAUCCUUAUAGUCCUAUUUUAGAGCAGGAAUUAUAUAAAGAGAUUACUCAUUGUACCAAACAUCUUUAUUUAUUGAUUGACGUUCGUAUGGACAUUGAAGAAACUUUUAGUUUUAUCACUCUUGUGCAAACUGUGGCAUCGCUAUUGAUAUUUGCUUCGUGCCUUUUUGUCGCUGCACAGGGGGAAGCUAUACCCAGCGCAAUGUACAAAAUUGAUUGGUUCAGCGCCAGUCCGAGAUUCAAAAAAUCGAUGAUCAUGACUAUGGCCCGAAUGCAACGACCUCUGUUUGUGUCUAUUGGAAAGUUCACGCCGCUGGCUUUAACCACUUUAUUGGCAGUGGUUAAAGGUUCGUUUUCCUAUUUCACCGUUUUUCAAAGUGCCGGAGGAGAAUGAGUUUUGCAAUAGGACCAAUUUUGACCGGUGGCUCCACUUAUAACGAACAUAUUUUUUAGGCCUUUGUAUUAAUAAUAGGUUUGUUCCAACCUGCAAUAAUAUUACUGUAAUAUUAUCGUCCGUAACCGCGCUAAUGCGACUGCGCAAUCAAAAACAGUAAAAUUAUACUAAAUAACUUAAAAACUUGUUGGAACGUUUUUUGAAAUAGUAGUACUCACAACACAAGAAGAAAAUAACAAAAUCAACAUAACUUGCAUACUUGCAGGUGAAUCAUCUUCCACCACAAUAAAGAAUUUUUCUAAAC